CCUCCUCCUCUGCCUCAGCCCGGUUUCAGCUGCGCGGUCGUCACAGCGCAGGCGCAGUGACUCAGGCGCGUGGCUGAGAGACCUCCUCGGUGCUCGCUGCGCUCGUCAGAGGCUCAGCUGAUGGCGCAGAGAUGAUGGCUGCAUGGAUCCUCCUGAGCUGUGCGUGGGGACAGGGCAUGCGCGCGGAGGACUUCGCGAUGGAGGAGCUGGCCACGGAGAAGGAGGCGGAGGAGAGCCACCGGCAGGACAGCUUUAACAUGCUGACCUUCAUCCUGCUGCUCACCCUCACCAUCCUCACCAUCUGGCUCUUCAAGCACCGGCGGGUCCGCUUCCUGCACGAGACCGGGCUGGCGAUGAUCUACGGUUUACUGGUUGGCGUGAUUCUGCGUUAUGGCAUCCCAGCCAACAGCUAUCACAACAAGACGCCAGCGAGCUGCUCGCUGAGGGAGGGACCCACCAGCACACUGCUGCUGAACGUCAGCGGGAAGUUCUUUGAGUACACACUAAAAGGAGAGAUCAACUCCCGCGAGAUACACAACGUGGAGCAGAACGACAUGCUGCGAAAGGUGACCUUUGACCCCGAGGUCUUCUUCAACAUUCUGCUGCCUCCCAUCAUUUUCCAUGCGGGCUACAGUCUGAAGAAGAGACACUUCUUCAGGAACCUGGGCUCCAUCAUCACCUACGCCUUCCUGGGCACCGCCGUCUCCUGUUUCGUUAUCGGGAACCUGAUGUACGGCGUGGUCAAGCUGAUGCAGGCGGUGGGUCAGCUGACGGGGAAGUUUUACUACACUGACUGCCUUUUCUUUGGCGCCAUCAUCUCUGCCACGGACCCAGUGACGGUGCUGGCCAUCUUUAACGAGCUGCACGCCGACGGGGAUCUGUAUGCGCUGCUUUUCGGCGAGAGCGUCAUGAACGACGCCGUGGCCAUUGUGCUGUCCUCGUCCAUCGUGGCGUACCAGCCGGCCGGCGCCAACACGCACCAGUUUGAUGCUUCGGCUUUUUUCAAGUCUGUCGGGGUUUUCCUCGGCAUUUUCAGCGGCUCCUUCGUGAUGGGCGCGGCCACGGGAGUGGUCACUGCUCUCGUCACCAAGUUCACCAAGCUGCACUGCUUCCCGCUGCUGGAGACGGCCCUCUUCUUCCUUAUGUCCUGGAGCACCUUCCUCCUCGCCGAGGCCUGCGGCUUCACAGGCGUCGUGGCCGUGCUGUUUUGUGGCAUCACGCAGGCUCACUACACCUACAACAACCUCUCUGAAGAGUCCACAAAGCGCACCAAGCAGCUUUUUGAGGUUCUUCAUUUCCUGGCUGAGAACUUCAUCUUCUCCUACAUGGGCUUGGCUCUAUUCACCUUCCAGAAUCACAUUUUCAGCCCCAUCUUCAUCAUUGGAGCCUUUAUUGCCAUUUUCAUUGGAAGAGCUCUGAACAUCUACCCGCUCUCCUUUCUUCUCAACCUCGGUCGAAGGCACAAGAUCAAAGGAAACUUCCAGCACAUGAUGAUGUUUGCAGGUUUGCGUGGGGCGAUGGCGUUCGCCUUGGCCAUACGCGACACAGCUACGUACGCCCGUCAGAUGAUGUUCACCACUACGCUGCUCAUCGUCUUCUUCACCGUGUGGGUGUUUGGAGGUGGAACCACACCCAUGCUGUCCUGGCUGCAUAUCAGAGUCGAUGUUGAUCCGGACCAAGACCUGCAGCCGUCUGCAGACAGCUUCCAGGUCCUGCAGGGGGACGGGCCUCAGGCUGAAGGACAAAGUAAAACCAAGCAGGAGAGCGCAUGGCUCUUCAGACUGUGGUACACGUUCGAUCACAAUUACCUGAAGCCCAUUCUGACCCACAGUGGUCCGCCUCUCACCUCCACCCUGCCCAGCUACUGCGGGCCGCUGGCGAGCUGUCUGACCACCCCCCGGGCAUACGAGAACCAUGAGCAGCUGAGAGACCCGGACUCUGACCUGAUCCGCGGCGACGCAGACUUGACCUUCACCUUUGGGGACACCGCCAUCACCGCCAACGGGGCGUCUGGCAGCGGAGCGGACGCUGCCGGGGGGUCGGGCUGGAGCGCGAAUGGGAAAAGGAGCGGCAGCACGUCAGAGGAGGCACUGGAGCGUGAGCUGGACUCCCGCGAGCAGGAGCUGCUGAGCCGAGGAACGCGCCUUGUUUUCCCAAUCGAGGACCACAUCUGACCCCACCCGUCCCCCCAUCCGCACCCACCCCGUGACCAUCUCGCCCUCAGCUUUCUCCACAUGCAGACGGGGGGACCUCCAGAGUGACUCUAAGCUUCCUUUGGGAUCACAACACCUCAGCUGGACAAAGUUUAAAAGUCUAUCUGACUCAUUCUGUCAUGUGACCCUGUCAUGUAGACGGGCAUCGCUGCACUCGCCUCUGUCUGAAUACUCCUCUUCCUCCUUGCUCCACACAGCGUCUGGGUGUCUGCUCUGGACGAAUACGCAGUUAAAGAACUUUGUAUUUCAUUAUGUCGCCAAAGAAAAUGCUGAUUUUUCAAAACAGACGUGCAGUGUGCAGUCAGACUGCGGAGCUUCAACUUUUGUACGAGGAUCAGAAGCAGCGCAGCAGAUGAGAAAUGCUUUCACUGAUGAUAUGCAUGCAAAGAUGGAUGAUUCUCCCAACAUCCAGCAGGCUCUCGGUGACCUCUGGAUGGAUCCCCAGUGAGCAGGAGGUGUUGAGAAGUUUUACUGACUGCAAAGAGCGGGCCCCUUCCAUCGUAACUGCCCCUUAAUGCUGCAGAGCUCCCUCCUCUGUGUUCUCCUCCCUCUCUUUCCCCACGCACGUUUGGCAAAGCUGACUCGUCCUCAGCAGUCAGUCGAAGAGAGCGGGUGGAGCUCGGUCACUUGCAGGCUUGUGCACAGAGAUGAUUUUAGAAGCAGAUCUCACAGAGCGACCCUCUGCAGGCUCACACAUGAGCCUGGCGAGCAGCACACACUUGCGUCAGCUGUGUGUGCAGGUAAACAGGCGUGUGUGCGUCUGCUGUGCAGCCUCCGUUCUCAUUCGAAACACAAGGUUCACUUAUUAUUUUUCCCUCUGGACUCAUUGUCAGGAGUGACAUCACACUUCUGUUUUGGAAACGUGCUGCCGUGCAUGAUUUCUAUAAAGUUCACUCUGUGUGUUUGUGUAUGUGUGUGUCUGAGCAGAGAAUCAGAUGUGGAAUGGUGUUUGUGUGGGCAAUUGUAGAAGCGUUCAGUGUCUCACAACAGACUGUGCAGGUGGAAGUAAGCGUGCAGAUGCCGGUGAUGCCACAUAAAGGCUGUCUUCACGUUUUAUCCUCACAGCAGGAAAUGAGCAGAGUGUUAAAGCUGAAAGUUGAAGCCUGCUCAGCUCGUACUGGAGCAAUUCAAACUUUGGAAUAAAAAUGUGAAGAAGGUUUCAGUGAGGGAGGAAGUGAUGAUGUCAUCUUUUUGUGAAAACCAAAGGUGUGCACAUUAAAACAAAGGAGAUCAGCUGACUCUGCAUGUAGGUGAUACUGCAGACUUCACUCAUCUCUAGUGCCGGGAACCCAAGUGCUGACUACUUUGAAAACAGGAAGCUGCACUUGUGUUUGGAGGUAGGUAGGUGAUGGGAACCCUGCUCGACUUCUUCUUUGGGGGCGGUGGAUUUGUGCUGUGAAGCUUCCCCCAGCUCCACUGAUCUGUUUCACACCAGAUUAAAGCUUUUAGCGCUCUACACAGGACACCACGCUGUGGGUUUCCUCCGGUCUGAUUGAGUCAUUAUUGACUGCAUGAUGAUUUUAUUGCACGGCAGCACGACGACUGCAGAAUUUUGCAUAUUUCCUGUCUAAGACAAGCAUUUCACUGCAGUCUGAUAAAGGGACAUGUGCUGACCGGGAGCUGCACUGAGCUACAGGCUGUCACUUUUUCAGACAGCUGAACCACAGCUGUUUAAAAUUCACUGCGCUCACGCCUCCCACUGUGGCUGCUGCGCUGGUGUGUGCAUGCACAGUAGCAGGUGUAAAAAGCACAGCUGCCAGCUGAGUGCGAGGCUUUCAGGUGCACAGCAGGAAACAAGCGUGCUUCUGUAAGCCAAGCUCUGCAGCGACGGUCACUGAUGCUGGUGUGAGACUGUGUGAGGUGAGCUCAUGGGGGAGCCAUGUUCCCUCUGUCAUGUGAAAGGUAAAACGUGCUGCUCUGCGCGAGUCCUGAAGGCAGUUGGCGUGUUCGGCGCCCUCUCUGCAAGGACGUGGGAGCACUUUGUGAUGUCAGCAGAAGCGUCGGCAAGCAGGAACGUCUCUGACCUUCCCGUGCGAGCAGGAGUAUCUGAGAAAUGUGACGUGUAGCCCGACUGCCAAUAUGUGCAACUGUUGUAUUUAGUAGCAGCUCUGCAGCCCGGCUGCAUCCACUGUGGUCUGCAUGUCAACAUGUUAAUAAAAUCUUAAGUUCUUACCCAGCUCUGCCUCAUUUUGUGGUGUGUUUACAAAGCCACUCGCACUCUAUGUUUGUGGCUGUGUGUCUGUGUGUUAGCAGAUUGGGAGGCGGAAGAAUGGUGUAUUUUUGAACACGCAGAUAUUUUCAGACAUUCAAAAUCAAAAUUCGGUGUCAGGGAAAUGAAAAAGGAGUACACACUGUCUGAUCUGUGAUGUGAUUAAAACACUGAUGACAUGUUUUCACGAUGGUCUCAAAAGAAAAAAAAAAGAUUCACUUCCUGUGAGAUCCAAGUGUAAAGUCUGAUGACCUGUCCAGUUUAUGAGUUAAAUAUUUCAUGAGAUCA